UUCGUAUCCUCAUCUGCGAGUGUCCCGCCAAUCUUUAUAUCACCCCCGACUGCACUGCACCUUUCCACCUUCUCGUUGACCUGACCUGCGAUGCAUUGAUCUGUCCGCGGCGCCAGUAGCGCUCGAGUCCUGUCCACGAUUCAAUUGUCGGCAUUGCUGCCAUAUUCUUCUAUUGUAUUCUCCUUUUGGAUAUCCAUCAACCAGCAUAUGCAUACCUUCGCUUUUCACCAUUUCGUAAUAUCUAACACCACCUCGAGUCCGUCGUCCCUAGAGUCCGCUACCCAUAAGAAACCCAUAAGAUGCGUUGGUCUACGACCGAACCUACGGCCCUGAUUGGAAGCUAAUGGCGUCUGAUGCCAUGUACGAGACCUAUCAGUGAACAAUUAUGGCUGCAACUCUCAAGAACAAUGUCGAUGAUACAAAGCAGGCUGCUUUGUCUCCUCGACUAAAGGGUCGAGAAAAUGCGAAGGAUACCCUCUGUCGCAAUGUCACCAUUUACGGAAAAUGCCGCUAUGAGGACAAAGGAUGCGCUUUUAGUCACAGUAUAGAGAAGCCAGUCUCCGAUAGUGGACAUAAUGACAGCCAGUCAAGAAAGACGUUAAAUGUCGAAUCGCCGAGCUUCACUCCGUCCUUCUUGUCGCCGAACGGUGCCAAUGCAGCUGGUAAGAAAGGCGCUGGAAUAUCACCGAAGGCGGCGAGCGCUGCUCCCUUCAUGCCAAAAGCCAUCAUUUCUCGGUCGUCGAAUGCUACACCUCUGCGUCAAGACGCGAGUACCCCGGAUUGGGCGGUGGCUAAUGUUCAAGAAUUUGUACCUCGAGGCGCUGACGAUCAGCAUCUUACAAAUGAAAAUGAGAUUCCUGUCGCCCAUACUUUCCAAACGUUUCAAGCCAGCCAUCCACCAAAUCCGUACCUCGACCAUAGCAUCAAUGGCACCGCCUUCUAUCCCAGUGCUGCUGGCUUCCAGCAGCCAGUCCAAUAUCAUCAAUACGCCCCAAUCGGGCCCUUCAAUGCAAACCUCGCACCAUAUCAGCGUACUGUCCACGAUCUGUUCAUACCGAACGACCUCCGCGAGGAAAUUCAAAAGAAAUCUGCCGCUACGCUUCAGACCUUACCAAAUUCACAAUUACCAAGCCACAUCGAGAAUUAUCAUUCUUUGGUGCCGCUAGACACCAAUCACAAGAGUUCUACGAUCUUCGGGGGUUACACAUCCUGGGUCUACAAGGCUCAAUCAAGCGCCAACGGGCAUUUCUUUGCCCUGAGGAGGAUUGAAGGUUUUCGCCUGACUAAUGAAUUAGCCGUCCGUGCCGGUCAGGCCUGGAAGAACUUGGAUAGCCCCAACGUUGUACGGAUCGUCGAUGUUUUUACGAACCGUGGUUUUGGUGACAGCUCUCUUUUCUUCGCAACGGACUAUCAUCCGCUAUCAAAAACACUACUGGAACAUCACCAUAUAGGGCCGAACUGGACGCGACCCACACGAAACACCAAAGACCAGGUCAUGGAACCCAUACUUUGGACUUAUGUCGUUCAGAUUGCCGCCGCGUUGAAGACGAUUCACGGCAGCGGCCUGGCGGCUCGCAUUUUAGAUCCAAGCAAGGUUCUGGUCACUGGCAAGAAUCGAAUCAGGCUCAGUGGCUGCGGCAUUCUCGACGUUGUCCAAUUUGACAGUGGCGUUGUGCCUCUUGCACAGCUACAGCGGCAAGACCUGGUGAAUUUUGCACUUUUGAUCCUCUCCAUUGGCUCCGGUACCGCAGAUGCGGGUGCGAAUUUUGCCCGCAGCAUGGACAUGUUUAAACGCUUCUAUAAACCGGAAUUGCAGACUGCCGUUGUAUGGUUGUAUUCAGCAGUUCAGAACCAGGAGAAAACCAUUGACCAAUUUGUCACCAUGAUCUCUAACCAGAUGGUGACGGCAUUCGAUGCAGCGCUCCACAACGACGAUGCGCUGUACUCGGAACUGAGCCGUGAGGUCGAGAACGCACGACUUGUGCGCCUCAUGGCCAAAUUGAACUUUAUCAACGAGCGGCCUGAGUUCGAACAUGACCGCGCUUGGUCCGAGAAUGGCGAACGGUAUUUCUUGAAGCUUUUCCGAGAUUAUGUCUUCCACCAGGUUGAUGGACAGAAUCGACCGGUGAUUGAUCUUGGACAUGUUUUGACGUGCCUGAACAAAGUGGAUGCAGGCACCGAAGAAAAGGUCACGCUAAUCAGUCGCGAUGAGCAGAGUUGUUUUGUCGUCACUUACCGGGAGUUGAAGAAGGGCAUUGAAUCAGCAUUCCAAGAAUUGAUGAAGAGAGGUGGGCCAAUGCGCUAGAUUCGUGAGAAUGGACGUUCGAUGCGCUGGAACGAUAACGCGGACGUGAUGAGGAUGACGAGGCAUGGCAGCAGAAGAUCUGAUGUUUGGUAGUUCAGCCGACUUAACCAAAAUCCCUAACGUUUAAGUGACUGGCUGUUCCUGGUGAGAGGAAGCCAGAAUCUAAACAUGUUGAAUAUAGAGAGCAGAGACGGAAGAGCAAAAAAAUCAUAAUCUCCAUUGCACUCG